AUGGUGAUGGAUGAGAUAGGACUGUGCUUUCCCCACCUCCACAACAGCUCCUGUAGGAAGAGUAAGAUCGACCCCACUGAAAAUCUGAUUACCAAUGUGUUGCUGGGCUUUGCAUCUAUGCUCACUAGUGUACUCAACCUUCUGGUUAUCAUUGCCGUUACACAUUUCAGACAGCUCCACACCUCGACUAACCUACUGCUCCUUUCUUUGGCAGUGUCUGAUUUCCUUUUUGGUCUUGUGGUCAUACCAGUCCACGGCAUUAAAUGGAAAAUUUGUUGGACUUUGGGCGACCUCAUGUGUUUGGUGUAUUACACACUUUCUCUUACACUAUUUACCUCUUCUGUUGGAAACAUCAUCCUUAUUUCAGUGGAUCGGUAUGUGGCCAUCUGUCAGCCUCUGUUCUACCAAAGCAGAGUGACUAGAAAAGUGGUCUCCACCUGUAUAUGUGCGUGCUGGUUGUACUCAGUUGGGUACUCAAUUUUAUUUCUUCAUGAGAAUUAUAUGCAUCCAGGCAAAUAUAAAUCUUGUGAAGGAGAAUGUGUGAUUUACUACUCUGAAGCAGCAGAUUUAUUAAUGAGUUGUGUCAUUCCAUUUUGUAUUAUUAUUUGCCUUUACACUAGAGUUGUGAUAGUCGCUGUUUCUCAGGCUCGAGCCAUGCGUUCUCAAGUUACAGCUGUGACCUCCAAGACGAGUAAAAGAUCAGAGAUUAAAGCUGUACGAAACCUGGGGAUCAUUGUGGCUGUGUACCUUGCUUGUUACUUGCCAUACCUUAUUGCUGCGUAUUCUGAAACUCACCUCACAAUACUAGGUACUCCUUUAAUUGUCAUUGCAAUAUCAAUAAUUUGUCUAAACUCUCUCAUGAAUCCUCUCAUGUACACAAUGCUGUUUCCCUGGUUUAGAAAAGCCAUUAAACUCAUAGUCACACUUCAGGUUCUGAAACCCGGUUCAACGGAUCUUAAAAUGUUUUAA